AUGAAAGAUAAUCGCCUACAACAACAUCAGCAGGAUUCUCGUAGAAAAGAACAAACGGCUCAGCAUGAACAAUUGAAGGGACAUCGAAGUCGUCCAAAUAGUCUAUUGGAUCAAGAUGAGAUACCGAGAAACAGUAGUUUUGAUGCGCGAGCUUUGAAUAGAAGAAGUGGAGAAGUCGAAUUGCUAAACGUGGUAUCACCGGACGCGUCAAAGAAAGGCGAUCCAGAUUACUUUGAAGCCAGCUUUGAUGCCGACUUUGAUGAUAACUUUGAUGACAAUAAUAAUGGUGGAGUGUACUACGAUCCGUACCACAACUCGAAUCGAAUACCGGAAGAAGGAAAUUACUUUGAUUCAGACGAUGACGAGGAGCAUCAGCGUAUGUUCGAGCCAUACCAUGAUCCACAAACAAAUCGAAUAAUCAUGAGAAUGCGAAUGGGGAAUCUAAUGGACGAUGAAUCAGACUUGGGCUAUACGGAUUCCAGUAUAGUUGCAACGGAAGCGGUUCAAGAUCAAUCACCAGCUUGGGCCCUUUUUGAUAAUCCAGCCUUUGACAAGUUUUCGUUAUUCAACAAAAGCAAAUCCAAGGAUGAACUUGAGGCUGACAAUGAUACGCCUUUUGAUCAGGUGUCCUUUACUGAUCCAUACAAUGCUUGGGAUUCACUUCCGACGUUUUUGCAAACACCCUACAGUUUCAUCAAUCAGGCCAAGAACAACCUGUCGGCUAAAAAGAAGGAAACGAGUUUUCGAACCAGUGCGCGUCAGAAGAUGAAACAGAAAAUGACAAUGAAGGAGACUCGGAUCAACAAGCAAGGAUUUUUGGAGGAAUCUACUAUUACCACUGCGGCGUCUUCAUCGUCUACAUCCUCGUAUCCACAAGAAGAGAAGACUUCAGCAGCAGCAAGUUCCCCUUCAGUGUCAGUGAAACUACAUCGUAGUGAAAAGUCGAAACAAGAGGAGCCAGAGACACUGCAAGAGCCUGUGUCUGGACCUUUUGCAUCCUUGUCGCAUCAGCAUCAAACGACAACAUCAUCAUCAUCAUCCUCUCCAAAAGAAGAUCCACCAGCGGAUUCUCCUGCAAAUCUAUCGCAGGACGCUGAUGACCAGCCCGAACAACUUAUCGAAAAGCCACCAGUGCCUCGACGAUUAUCAACGGAACGGUUGGAAUCACCAUUUGUCAAGGAACCGGCGGAGGAUAUAGCCAAUGGCAAGCAUGUAGAGUUGUCAUCACCAAGACGCUUGUCCAAGUCUCUUUUGGAAUCGCCCUUCCGGAAAGAACCUGGUAUGUCUCCCCCCGAAUCACUUAAGCAAGAGGAGGAAAGCCCCACGAAUCAAGAAGGGCAAGGUUGGGACAAAGGCGACGGCAACAAUGACGAAACAAAACAAUCGCCAGGCCGACUAGGUCCAGGCCGGCUCAAGUCACCAUUUCUCGAGGAAGACAAUACCGAUGAUACUUCACAAAACAGCCCGAGCCAUGGGAAACAAUCGCAGUCUCCUCAGAAGUGUUUGUCUCAGUCAAGGAUCCAGUCUCCGUUUUUGCAACAAGACCAACAAUCCAGUAGUCCGAAACCAAACAGAUCUUCUCCACCGUCUUCGCCUCUACGACCAGCUAUUAGAACAUCAAUCAAUAAGGCCAGUCCCAAGUCGCACGACUCGAUGGCGCGCCGAAAAGUAUCCCUUUCUCCUCCUUCUACUCCAAUCUUGGGCAAGGUCAGCGAGAUUGAGUCUCAGUCCAAAACAAAUUUUGACUCUGUCUUGGAUAUGUAUCGCUCCAUGAUUGAAAACAAGUCAGUGACUUCUACAGAAGAAUUGGAGAAGAUUAUGACGAAAGAGGGUUACUUGUCGCAACAAGAGAUAAAGUGUUUUGUGUUUGCCUUGGGCAUUGCUAUGCCGGGCUUGGCCUCGGCUCCGUCGCCAAAGUCACCAAGUCCACUCAACAGUGCUUUGCGAUCGACACUUUCCAAUGAUAGAAGGGUCAAGAUGAGUCCAAGUAUCAAAUCGUCAUCUACCUCGGAUGCUGGAACUGCCACAUCGGGCAACAGUUAUUCGUCUCAACGACUAAAGGCUCGGGCGUCCAGCAAGUCAACGGGUUUUGAUCGGAACAUAUCCAAUCUCAUGGCUACCAUCAAGAAGGAAAACGCCAUUCCAUCAAGACGAAGUGUUCGAUCGGACGAUGAUGCCAAGACUUCCAUUUCGGUGAUGUCCACGCAGUCAUGUCGCGAAUUGUCGAUUCAACGGCUCCGAAGGCGGAUUGCGAGUACUAAAAGGAAUGAAAAACACGAAGUGGAUAGGCUCUUGCAAGAUUUAGAAGAUGCUCAGAACCGCCAAAAACGAUUGGAACAGCAGCUGAACAAGGCCGGUAUCAUGAUUGCUGAAGAUAUCCCAUAUGCGGAAGCCAAGGCAGAAGUUUCGAAGAUUGCCGCCAAGAUGCAAGAGAUUGGAAGUUCGCAAGCCACGCACCCGGAUCCAAAGGUUCAAGCCAAACUACGGCAAGACUACUUUGUACUCGAGCAACAGAUGGAAAAGUAUAUGCGUGCGUUGGAGCUGACGGACGAAUAUCUGGAAGAGCAAGAACGAAUGGAAAAGGCAUUUGACAAUGACAACAAGGAGGAAAACCAGCGAGCAUUGGAGCAAGUCUGGAAGCACAUGCCGGUCAAUAUCCGUCAGCAAAGUGUGGAAGAUUGGCUCGCUACUCGAUCUCCCAGCGGCAAGUUUAUUCCCAAGCCAUUCCUUCUCAAGUUUGCUAGAACGAACAUUUUGACACUCUUGCGAAUGCAACCCGACUUUGUCCAGCGAGCGCAUCCCUCGAAUUUGGAACAACGCCGUGUCACUGGAUUAACAAUCACGGAACGGCGAGCUUUGCAAGCAUACCUCUUUCCGACUGCUAGUAAAUGGAGGCAUGCCAAAGAUGCCUUGACCAAGCGCAAAUGGAACUGGUAUUGCAUUCUGCGACAGACGCUGAAGGACCAUUUGCUAACGUAUGAACGCCAUGUGACUCAGUACGAACAAGGGUCAGAUGGCGAAUGCUCUUGUGAUGGCUUUAGGUGUCCGAUCAAGGCAAACCGAAAGCUCGACUAUUUCGCGGAUGACUAUGGAUAUCCGAGCAAUUUUGCUUAUCCAGAAUAUGAGAAACAAAUCGAUCCAGCCUCAUGUCCCCAGAAGAAACCUGCUUCCGAGACCGCACCCAAAAAGCCUGCUUCUUCGGCAGCACCUAGUAGGAAUAGUCUCUUGUCGGAAAUAUCAUCUGGUGGUCCAUUGAAGAACAAGGGAAAGAGGGUUAGUCUCAUGGCCGACAUUUCCGCGCAAAGGAGCAAGAUGCGGGCAAGACCAAGUAGCUUGAUGGACGAGAUUGCUGCCAAGGCGGCAAUGCGACAGGCUAAUGCUAAUUCUUAA